ACUCAGGUAUGACCAAGUCCAAGCCUUCCAAAUAGACCAGUGUCCACCUCGAAGCUGCAACCAAGAAGCCCACUGUGUCUUUGAUCUUUUACCUUAAUGCAUUGUGAAUAAAGGCAACUUGGAAUUCUUCCUCCAGACGCCUCGAGUGCCCAGAGACAGUCUUGAAAGAAGGAGAAUUGGAGGCCAGGGGUAGUGGUGACAAUAGCAAAAGCCAACAGAACAGCUGUGCUGACAAAGGGGGAUAGAGGCGCGAGAAGGGGCGUCGGGCGUCUUGGAGGAGUGCGCCCACCACAGGCAGGCGGGCCCGGCAAACGAGGUGGCCUGUGUGGACCACUCCUUGGCACCAUGGUUGGAUUCCUCUGGGUCUUCUUCCCAGCGAUCUUCUUGGAGGUAACCCUUCUCCCCAGAAAGCCGGGAAGGAGAGUGCUGCUGGCGGGAGCCUCCUCUCAGCGCUCCGUGGCCAGAAUGGACGGCGAUGUCAUCAUUGGGGCCCUGUUCUCUGUCCACCACCAGCCUCCCGCUGAGAAGGUGCCCGAGAGGAAGUGCGGGGAGAUCCGAGAGCAGUAUGGCAUCCAGAGGGUGGAGGCCAUGUUCCACACCCUGGACAAGAUCAACGCGGACCCGGCGCUGCUGCCCAACAUCACGCUGGGCAGUGAGAUCCGGGAUUCCUGCUGGCACUCUUCCGUGGCCCUGGAGCAGAGCAUUGAGUUCAUCCGGGAUUCACUGAUUUCCAUCAGAGACGAGAAGGAUGGGCUCAACCGGUGCCUCCCAGACGGCCAGCCCCUCCCUCCAGGCAGGACUAAGAAGCCCAUCGCGGGCGUGAUCGGCCCGGGCUCCAGUUCCGUGGCCAUUCAAGUGCAGAACCUGCUCCAGCUCUUCGACAUCCCUCAGAUUGCUUACUCCGCCACGAGCAUCGACCUGAGUGACAAAACUUUGUACAAGUACUUCCUGAGGGUGGUGCCGUCUGACACUUUACAGGCAAGGGCGAUGCUUGACAUAGUCAAGCGUUACAACUGGACCUAUGUCUCUGCAGUCCACACAGAAGGGAAUUAUGGAGAGAGUGGCAUGGACGCUUUCAAAGAGCUGGCUGCCCAGGAAGGCCUCUGCAUCGCCCAUUCAGACAAAAUCUACAGCAAUGCUGGCGAGAAGAGCUUUGAUCGUCUCCUGCGCAAGCUCAGAGAGCGGCUCCCCAAGGCCAGAGUGGUGGUCUGCUUCUGUGAAGGCAUGACGGUCCGAGGGCUCCUGAGUGCCAUGCGGCGCCUGGGCGUGGUGGGCGAGUUCUUACUCAUUGGCAGUGAUGGCUGGGCAGACAGAGAUGAAGUCAUUGAAGGCUAUGAGGUGGAAGCCAACGGGGGAAUCACCAUAAAGCUGCAGUCUCCAGAAGUCCGCUCCUUCGAUGAUUAUUUCCUGAAACUGAGGCUGGAAACUAACACAAGGAAUCCCUGGUUCCCUGAGUUCUGGCAACAUCGGUUCCAGUGCCGCCUACCGGGACACCUUCUGGAAAAUCCCAAUUUUAAAAAAGUCUGCACAGGCAAUGAAAGCUUAGAAGAGAACUAUGUCCAGGACAGUAAAAUGGGAUUUGUCAUUAAUGCCAUCUACGCCAUGGCACAUGGACUCCAGAACAUGCACCACGCCCUCUGUCUGGGCCACGUGGGCCUCUGUGAUGCCAUGAAGCCCAUUGAUGGCCGGAAGCUGCUGGACUUCCUCAUCAAGUCCUCCUUCGUUGGUGUGUCUGGAGAAGAGGUGUGGUUUGAUGAGAAAGGCGAUGCUCCUGGAAGGUAUGACAUCAUGAAUCUGCAAUAUACUGAUGCUAAUCGCUAUGACUAUGUCCAUGUUGGAACAUGGCAUGAAGGAGUGCUGAACAUUGAUGAUUACAAAAUCCAGAUGAACAAGAGUGGAAUGGUACGGUCUGUGUGCAGUGAGCCUUGCUUAAAGGGUCAGAUUAAGGUCAUACGGAAAGGGGAAGUAAGCUGCUGCUGGAUUUGUACCACCUGCAAGGAGAAUGAAUAUGUGCAAGACGAGUUCACCUGCAAAGCUUGUGACUUGGGGUGGUGGCCCAACACAGACCUUACAGGCUGUGAACCCAUUCCUGUCCGCUAUCUCGAGUGGAGCAACAUAGAAUCCAUCAUCGCCAUCGCCUUCUCGUGCCUGGGCAUCCUCGUGACGUUGUUUGUCACCCUCAUCUUUGUGCUGUACCGGGACACGCCAGUGGUCAAGUCCUCCAGUCGGGAACUCUGCUACAUUAUCCUCGCUGGCAUCUUCCUGGGCUACGUGUGUCCUUUUACACUCAUCGCCAAACCAACCACCAUGUCCUGCUACCUCCAGCGCCUCCUGGUCGGCCUCUCUUCUGCCAUGUGCUACUCUGCUCUAGUGACCAAAACCAACCGCAUUGCGCGCAUUCUCGCGGGCAGCAAGAAGAAGAUCUGCACUCGGAAGCCCAGGUUCAUGAGUGCCUGGGCGCAGGUCAUCAUUGCCUCCAUUCUCAUCAGCGUGCAGCUCACCCUGGUGGUAACCUUGAUCAUCAUGGAGCCCCCCAUGCCCAUCCUGUCCUACCCCAGCAUCAAGGAAGUCUACCUGAUCUGCAACACCAGCAACCUGGGGGUGGUGGCCCCUUUGGGCUACAACGGACUCCUUAUCAUGAGCUGUACCUAUUAUGCCUUCAAGACCCGCAACGUGCCCGCCAACUUCAACGAGGCCAAGUACAUCGCCUUCACCAUGUACACCACCUGCAUCAUCUGGCUGGCGUUUGUGCCCAUUUACUUUGGGAGCAACUACAAGAUCAUCACGACCUGCUUUGCAGUGAGCCUCAGUGUGACGGUCGCCCUGGGGUGCAUGUUCACACCCAAGAUGUACAUCAUCAUUGCCAAGCCCGAGAGAAACGUCCGCAGUGCCUUCACCACGUCGGACGUUGUCCGCAUGCAUGUUGGCGAUGGCAAGCUGCCCUGCCGCUCCAACACCUUCCUCAACAUCUUCCGAAGAAAGAAGCCAGGGGCGGGGAAUGCCAAGAAGAGGCAGCCAGAAUUCUCGCCCACCAGCCAAUGUCCGUCGGCACAUGUGCAACUUUGAAAACCCCCACACACUGCAGUGAAUGUUUCUAAUGGCAAGUCUGUGUCAUGGUCUGAACCAGGUGGAAGACAGGUGCCCAAAGGUCAACAUAUGUGGCACCGCCUCUCUGUGCACGUGAAGACCAAUGAGACGGCCUGCAACCAGACAGCCGUCAUCAAGCCCCUCACUAAAAGUUACCAAGGCUCAGGCAAGAGCCUGACCUUUUCAGAUACCAGCACCAAGACCCUGUACAACGUGGAGGAGGAGGACACCGAGCCGGUCCGCUUCAGCCCCCCAAGCAGCCCCUCCAUGGUGGUGCACCGGCGCGUGCCAGCUGGGGUGACCACCCCGCCCCUUCCAACCCACCUGACCGCAGAGGAGACCCCCCUCUUCCUAGCAGACCCUGUCAUCCCCAAGGGCCUGGGUCCUGCCCUCCAGCAACAGCCCCCACAGAAAUCCCUGGUGGACCAGCUGCAGGGCGUGGUCAACAACUUCAGUCCCGGGAUCCCGGACUUCAACGCGGUGCUCGCGGUCCCCGGGGGCCUGGGCAAUGGGGUGCGGUCCCUGUACCCACCCCCGCCGCCCCCUCAGCACCUGCAGAUGCUCCCACUGCAGCUGAGCCCCUUCGGGGACGAGCCCGUGUCCCCCCCAGCGGAGGACGAGGAUGACAGCGAGCGCUUCAAGCUUCUGCAAGAGUAUGUGUAUGAGCGUGAGGGCAACACGGAGGAAGACGAGCUGGAGGAGGAGGAGGAGGACCUGCCCGGGGCCAGCAAGCUGACCCCCGAGGACUCGCAGGCCCUCACACCCCCCUCGCCCUUCCGAGACUCGGUGGCCUCGGGCAGCUCGGUGCCCAGCUCCCCAGUGUCCGAGUCGGUGCUCUGCACACCUCCCAACGUGUCCUACGCCUCUGUCAUCCUGAGGGACUAUAAGCAGAGCUCUUCCACCCUGUA